AGGAGUUGGGUACAUCUGGAUGCCAUUGCAUUUGCUUAUAAGAUGGAAAGGGAUGUGAAUUCCAUCUUGGAUGCAAGGGAUUAUUGCUUUUUUUUUUUUUCUUUCUUUUUUGUAAUUGAAGAAGGGAAGUAUGUCAUUGCCGCAAUUCUUUUGGAUCUAGUUUCCUUUAGAGGAUGAUAUUAUUGAAUAUUAAACUGUAAACUUGCAUGUUUUCCAAGAAAAAAGAAAAAACACAUAAAUAUGCAGAAGACAGCAACACAUAUAUUCCUAUUUACAAACAUAAAAUACACAUUCUGGAAUGAUGGGCAUGUGCAUCAGCCAUGUUGUAACGUGAGCAAUUGAUUGGAUAAUAAUUAGCAUAUGCUGUGUAGGUGGGAUCAUAAAUUCAUAAUUCUGUUAUAGAAAACCUUAUAAAUAAUAAUAAAAGAAAAACUCUCCAUAAAACAAACUUAACAACACAGCCAUUUGUUAAUUAGUGCCGCUUGUCACGCUUUGGCAACUAUGGUGGCAAAAAGUUAAAAAAAAAAAAAAUCAAAAAAAUCAAAAUCUCCAAAAUAAAAUAAUUGGUUUAUUUACAUGAUUGGUUGAGCCUUGUUUCAAUGUUUAUUUGACCACGGAUGCCAUCUUCUUUAUAACAUGAUAGAAACAAAAAGGACAGGUAAAAAAGAAAAUGAGUUUAAUCAUGUUAGGGUUGAAUUUAACUAACAUACUGUUGAAAAGAAAACAGGAAGUUCUUUACUGAAGAGGGUUAGAAAUAUUAUUGUUACAUAGUGGAUGGUCAAGCCUAUCCCUUUUCACCAAAAGGCAUGACAAGUUUUGAUUCAAGGCCGUACAACUUUGCUAAACCCCAAUAUGGUGUAAAAUCAUCUAUUACAGUACAGAGCUAAAUUUGGGACAUUGGGAUCCUUAAUGUGAUUCUUUGUGCUUAAAACCAGGAGUUUUAACAUAACCGUGAUACAUUAAAAGGGACAUAUAAAAAUGGACCCGACUUCCUUAAUUAAUUUGCCAGUAUGACAACGGUUGGUUCAAGAAAGGCAAGAAAGCUACAGAAAUGGUGAGUAGAGCACCAAAAGAGAAACAACAUGUCGAGGAGAACUGUCUUUCCUUGAUAGUUUUCUUGUCCUGGCAGUUUCAAUGUUCCUCCGGAGAAACAAUAUUUCUCAAAGUUCUUGGAGUAUAAAGAUCAAAGAGCGGAAAGGAAUAGAAUAAGGGGAGAAAAAGAGUAACAAGAACAUUGCAAUGCCUGCAUUUUGGUUUUCUUCUCUCAAGAGAUCAUUGCAGUGCAAAUCACAAUCAUCUGAUGUUCACGUUCCAAGAGCCAGAAACAAUCUUAGCAACAUUCACACAAAAAAGCCAUGUGGGUUUGGAUGUUCAAGAUCAGUGUCAAAUCUAAGAGAUGUUAUUCACGGUAGCAAGAGGUACACAGAGAAGCCACAUACAAGUUGCAGUCCUAGAUCUUUAGGCAGCAGUGAUUUCCUCAACCCUAUAACACAUGAAGUAGUACUCAGUGACUCUACAUGUGAAUUAAGGAUUACUGGAUUUGGUGGCAAUGGUGGUGGUGCUGGUGGCGGUGUUUCUUCGACAUUUGUUGGUACCCUUAAGCCAGGAACACCAGGCCCUGGAGGUCAAGAAUUGGCACCUCAUUAUUCAAGAAGGUCCCAUAGCCUUUCAAGAAAGAUGCAUGGUGAUUCUCCUGUUUUUGGUACAUCUUCAAAGGCCAGGAGUUCUCUUGAUGUUUCAAAAUCUUAUGAGUCUUCAAAUCUAGUUUGCAAGAAAUGUUAUGAGAAAUUUAAAACUUUGGAUGCUGUCGAUGCACAUCAUCUCGCCAAACAUGCUGUUACUGAACUUAUUGAGGGCGACUCAUCCAGGAGAAUAGUUGAAAUAAUCUGCAGAGCAAGCUGGCUAAAAUCUGAGGCCAAUUUUGUCAAUAUAGAAAGGGUUCUUAAAGUCCAUAACAUGCAAGUGACCAUUGCUCAAUUUGAAGAAUACAGAGAACUGGUUAAGAUCAAAGCUAGCAAAUUGCCCACAAGACAUUCACGUUGCCUUGCUGAUGGUAAUGAGCUCUUAAGAUUCCAUGGCACAACCAUUUCUUGUUCUCUUGGCAUGAAUGGUUCUUAUAGUCUUUGUACAGAAGAGAAAUGUGGUGUUUGUCAAAUUUUAAGACAUGGAUUCUGUAGAAAAGACAUUGGUGUUUUUACUACUUCAACUAGUGGAAGAGCAUUAGAGUCUAUAGAAUCUAGUGAAGACAGCCAUUCUUCUGCAAGAAAGGCUUUAUUAGUAUGCAGAGUUAUUGCAGGAAGGGUGCAUAAACCUUUGGGGAAUUUUCAAGAAAUUGCAGGCCAAUCUGGCUUUGAUUCAUUGGCCGGGAAAGUUGGUCAACAUUCUAAUAUUGAGGAACUUUAUUUACUAAAUCCUAAAGCUCUCCUCCCUUGUUUUGUAGUAAUUUACUGACCCUGAAAUGAAUGUUUAGACUGCUCUAAUUAAAACUUAAAGCAGGGCUUUUUAUUUAUUUGCUUCUCUCUCUCGUAUGAAUUUUGUGCAACAUGCGUACACUUCUUUCUUCCCUUAUUUAAGUCUUCCCUACAGUUUUGUCAGUAAUGAAGGUCAAUUUUACUUUUUUGUCA